CGCGAGCAUGAAUUUAUGUCUCUGAUAGACCACCCAAACAUUAUCAAAUCUGGGCAGCUCAUAUCUGAUACGAGCAAAAUCUACAUUGUCAUGGAAUACAUUGAUAGCUACGAUCUAUUUGGCCUUAUAAGAAAACUUGGGAAAAUCCCGGAAAAAGAUUGCUGCAAGAUUUUCCAGCAAAUCGUUCGUGCAGUUGAUUAUUUGCACAAGAACUCAAUUGUACACAAAGACCUUAAACUGGAAAACAUACUGGUUGGAAAGGAAAAGCAAGUCGUUAAGAUCAUAGACUUUGGUUAUGCAAGCAUAUUCUCGCAUCUUAAUAAGGAUGUUACUUAUUAUGGAACAUUAAGCUACUCUUCCCCAGAGGCUCUAGAGGAGAUACCACAUUUGGGACCUUCAAGUGACGUGUGGAGUCUUGGCGUAAUUCUGUACACUAUGGUAGCAGGAUACAAGCCAUUUAAAGGCAAUUCGCGUUCAUCAAUCCUGAAGAAGAUCAAGUCUAACCCGGUGAUCUACCCUGAUCAUUUCAGUGCAACUUUGAUAGAUCUACUUAACCAAAUUUUUGCUGUGGACUAUAGCAAGCGGGUCGGAACAUCUGAAAUUCAGAAGCAUUCAUGGGUGAACCAAACACAUAAUUACAUCAAAGAGAAUAAUAUGCUUAGUCGCAUGUCUUUGCAAUAA